CGAUCCCGCUCUUCCCGGCCACACUCCGUGCUGAGGGCGCCUCAUCGGGUCCUCUGAGGGGCCCAGCUACAGGAAAGAAGACACCGCUCCACCAGCGUCAAGUCAGAAGUACCAAGGGGCGUUCCGCCAGCCUUUCCCCAGAGCUGGCCCGCGGGCCUCUUUGGCAGGAACCUGUCCCAGGAGUGGCCCGUUCUACAAACAGAGAGCCCAGAGCGCCUCCGGGAAAAUUGGCUGAAUAAAAGGGCAAUCAGGACGCCACGGCUCCACCUGAAGCGAUGGCCCAGCCCUACCCCCCUGCCCAGUACCCCCCUCCGCCUCAGAAUGGAAUCCCAGCCGAAUAUGCCCCGCCUCCGCCACACCCCACACAAGACUACUCCGGCCAGACCCCUGUCCCCCCAGAGCACGGCAUGACCCUCUACACACCAGCACAGACGCACCCUGAACAGCCGGGCACUGAGGCCAGCACACAGCCCAUCGCUGGAACCCAGACAGUGCCGCAGGCAGACGAGGCAGCACAGACGGACAGCCAGCAGCUCCAUCCUUCCGACCCCACGGAGAAGCAGCAGCCCAAACGACUUCAUGUCUCCAACAUCCCCUUCCGGUUCAGGGACCCCGACCUGCGGCAAAUGUUCGGGCAAUUCGGGAAAAUUUUAGACGUGGAGAUCAUUUUUAACGAGCGGGGCUCCAAGGGUUUUGGGUUUGUAACUUUUGAAACUAGCUCAGAUGCUGACCGAGCCCGGGAGAAGCUGAAUGGGACGAUCGUAGAGGGACGGAAAAUUGAGGUCAAUAAUGCCACGGCCCGGGUCAUGACCAAUAAGAAGCCUGGGAACCCAUAUGCCAAUGGCUGGAAGCUAAACCCUGUGGUAGGGGCAGUCUAUGGGCCUGAAUUCUAUGCAGUGACCAGUUUCCCGUACCCAACCACGGGCACCGCCGUCGCCUACCGGGGUGCACACCUGCGGGGCCGGGGCCGUGCUGUAUACAACACGUUUCGAGCUGCACCACCUCCACCCCCCAUUCCAACUUACGGAGCGGCACUGGAGCAAACGCUUGUUAAAAUGCCAGUCCCGUGGGCGGGGCUGGCACCGUGCCCCCUCCCUCCUCAGCAGACACCGGAGCCGGCCUACCCCACCUCUCCAGCGUUCCCACCACUCUCUUGUCCGUUUGCUUCCAGGGUCGUGUAUCAGGAUGGCUUUUAUGGUGCUGAGAUUUAUGGAGGCUACGCAGCCUACAGAUAUGCUCAGCCUGCAGCCGCAGCCGCAGCCGCAGCAGCCUACAGUGACAGUUACGGCAGAGUCUAUGCAGCCGCUGAUCCGUACCAUCACACCAUCGGCCCCACAGCAACCUACAGCAUUGGAACCAUGUGAAACCUUCCGCCGUCUCCUUCUCGGACCAUGAAGGGCAAAAACAAAAAAACAAAAAAAAUCACAAAACAAAAAACAAAACAAAAAAAGAUGUUACGAUCCAAGCAACAGCAACAACAAAAAAAAAUACCAACCAAA